AUGAAGGCUCUCUCCUUCCUCUUCAUCCCAGUCCUGGGGCUGCUGGUAUGUGGCCAGUCACUGUGCCCCAUAGAUAAAGCCGUCAGUAAGAAGAUCCAGGAUGUCACCACCUCUCUACUUCCUGAGGCAGUAAGGAACAUUGGCCUGGACUGCCAGAGUGUCACCUCCAGGGGGUCCCUGGUCACCUGCCCUUCAGGCUUCGCCGUCACUAGCUGCACGUGUGGCUCUGCCUGUGGCUCGUGGGACGUGCGUGCUGAGACCACGUGCCACUGCCAGUGUGCAGGCAUGGACUGGACUGGCGCUCGCUGCUGCCGCCUGCGGAUCCAGUAG